AGUCAUAUCCGUGCGCAAUGGCGCGUAUGGACGGAUUCGGGUUUGACACUCACACCAGAAACGGGAGUAGUUCCGAGACUCUGGUUGUGAACGUUUCGGCUGGAUUGGGUGGCUCUGUUGGGCAGACCACUUCGAUCAACAUUCCUUUCGGAUCGAGUGCGGCCAUGGGGUCCACUCCGAUCACCACCUUCGUUGGAUCGAGCGCGACUAUGGGGUCCGCUCCGGUCACCUCGGUUAUUGGACCAACCGCGUCAACGGCCGCAAUGGUCACCCCACUCGGGCCGAAUAUGGCUUCGGCCAUACCGGUCAUUCCCUCACUUGGACCGAACACGGGUGUCUUCACAUCCGCACCGGUCGGACAUCCUACUGUCAUGCUGCCUGCGAACUCUGUCAAAGAACUGGCAAAGUUCACAAGAGUUGGCUUUAAAAUAUGGCAGCAAAGAAUGUUAUUUUGGCUGACCACCCUCAACCUUGUGAGUCAAGCUGAAGAAUUGAUUCUCAUUUUUAAUGAGUGCACUGACGAGGGAAUGGGAGUCAGUGAGGCAUUCCAAGUGGCGGCGAUUAUUCAUGUGCUCCUGCCAGCUUGGGAUGAGUUCCGAAGCUAUCUAAAGCUCAAACGGAAAGAAAUGACUUUAGAACAGUUGCUUGUUCGUCUCCGGAUCCGUGAAGAGGGUCUCACUCGCGAGAAAAAAGUAGCUGUUGCUAAGGCCAAUAUCGUGGAGCAUCCAUCCAAAGAGGGUUCUUCCAAAGGGCCCAAGCCGAAUAAGGACAAGAAGAAGAUUGGUCCUAAAGGAGGCGUCGCGAUGCCCAAGUUCGCGGGAAAAUGCUACAACUGUGGCAUUACGGGCCACUGUUCGUUAGAGUGUCACAAGAAGCCUCAGAAGAAGAAGCAGAAGAAGAAGGAAGAAGCUCUCUGCUCGGAGCUAGAUGCCAUGGACCUUUGUGCUGUCGUGACAGAGGCUAGGGAGGCGUUUCUAGAUGAGGAGCACACAGACUCAGUGGAGGAGAUCAUUGGGAGCACUCAUUCUGAUGAACAGGAGAGUCACACUGAGGGGGAGAGAGUAUGUGUUUUGUUCUCUGGUGAUUUGCUUGUGGAUUCAAAUGUUUUGAUUGGGUUUGAUGCUGCUGGAUUUGCUCUAUGGUUUAUUUGAUAUGUCCUAUUGCUCAUUCUGAUCUAUGCUUGCUCUUAUGCACUCUAUUGUCACGUUUGUAUACUGCGUGUGGGUCAAGUGACGGAUGUAGGUACAGCUGUAUGUCACAUUUUUUAGGUAUUCUAUGUCACAUUGUACCUACUCUUGAUCGGUUGAAUAUUACUCUUCAUUCUUUGCCCCAAAUUUUUCAAAUAAAGCUUGGCAUUUUUU